CGUGCGCGGACCAAGCAGUCGGAAAGUUGAAGCGUCGCUUAGGCGUUUACAAAGCUCAUCCCAGUGUUGUAAUUUGUCGGCAUGUAAAGUGAAAGUCCGUUCCUGGAUUCGUGAAUCAGCAAAAUCGUGUUUUUCUGCACCCCAGAAAUUCUUCUGCAACCCUUCCAAUAAAGCCAUCCGUGCUGGUUGGUUACUGACUUCCGGUGGAUAACAACUCGAAUGCUCGUCCGCAUAUGCAGCGCUUUCCCAAUAAUACAAAACGAAAUAUCGUGAGCAACUCAUCUUAUAACUACACUUCGAGCGUAAAUAAAGAUGCAGGCGGCAAGCGCGUGAAUUACAAAUCCCAGGAAAGUGGCACCUUUUUACAAAGAAGUGUUUCUGCUGACAAUGUUAUAGUUCGCACGAGGGGAUUCAAACCCUCAGACUUACACGAUCCAGCUAAAAGGAACUUUCUUGAAAACCUUACUUCUAAAAUACUACAUUUCGACAUGGAGAGCGGAGAAAGGACCCCCAUAAAUUUGAAAAAAUUGCUCACCCCUGCUACUGAUGGGAACGAGGUGAUGCACGUAAAAAACAAAGAAAAAAUGUAUGCCUCUUCGUACUUCUACGCCCCCACCCACCCGACGGUAGAAGACCAAGUGGAACUAGCACGAAGGAUUUCGAAUUCACUCAGUGAUGUAAAGAAUAUGAAAAGCAAAGGACAGUCGAUGUACGUCAAUCGAAAAAAACGAUCAGUAAAGUGGAUCCACGAUGGCAAUGGAACAGAAGGUGAAGAAGAAACUUCCACUACUAUUUAUAAGGACAAAAUGCCUUUAAAAUGUUUAAUGAAUCCUUGUGGAAAGCUCCAAGACAUCCAGGGAAUUCAGGCUCUUGGAGAGGAAGUGAAUAUUGAAUCAAUUCCUUCACAUCCUGAAAAACUUUUCGACAUUGUACAUGAUCUAAACAGUCAAAGAGGUCGAGGUGCUGAAAUUUUUGCUAAGCGCAGAAAAAGGUCAGAAAAAUGGGUGGUGGAUAAGGAAAAACCACAAACGCCAAGUACACCUUCGUAUCCAAAAACUCCAACGUACCCGACGAAGCAGGAGUUUAACGACAACACGAAUUAUUCGAAUCUUACACCUAUGACGCCACAUACCCCGUUAUCGUCUUUCGAGAACAAACCACUCUACAAUCCCUUCACUAUGGAUUUAUCAACAGGAAACUUAAAUUCAUCGAACACAGGAUACGUCCAACAAGCUCGAGCCUGUAACAACUCAGAGAACGGGGUAAACAGGAUCACCGAAGUUAAGAAAAUCUAUCUUCGGGAAGUGGCUGUCGGUACAGACCCGGAACUUCCUCUAGACGAUUCUGACGCUUUUACGGAAAAAUCUAAACGAAUGUCCUUCAAAAACGAGGACCGUUCUCGAGCGAGCACUAACGGGCUUCGCAAUAAUCGCUACAAGUCUGCAUUCACUAAUUCUAAUCACUCCAAACCUCAUUCCAGACCUAACUCAAACUCUCAAUAUAGUUCUAACUCGCAUCACUCUAAUGGCCAUUCUCAUUCAAAUGGCCACAUUCAACCUAAUGGCAACUCUCAUAAUAACGGCAACUGUCACCCUAAUGGGAACUCUCAUCAUAAUGGCUACUCUCAACCUAAUGGCUACUCUCGUUCAUCCUCCUACUCUCGCUCAAAUUCUAACUCUCGCUCAAACUCUUACUCAAACCCAAACUCUAAAUCUAAAUACCACUCCAACUCCAAAUAUUCUAAUGCCAAUCACAUCAAGACUUCAGCACAAACAAAUGGUAACAUCAGGAACUUCAGGAACGGGAAUCAAGAUCAUCAUUCGUCUGAUAGUGAGGACAUCGAUUAUACUCCAGUUCCUGUAAAGCAGCUGAUCCAGGAGUUUGAGAAGACCUGUAGACCUGUUAUGCAAUACAAGCAUCUCAGUCCAAAAGUGAUCCCUAUCAUAAGGCAAAACAAGCCUCUGAACAACGACAUUUCUCGAUUCUUCGAGACACAUAACAAGUACGAGGUUUGCAGGAUACCAGAAAGAGAGGAAGAUAUUUUUGAGAGGGAGAGUCUCGACUCGUACAGGAGCAACGGAUAUUUGUCAUCUGAGGAUUUGGACGAAUCUCUGGAUGAUUCUUUGUCGUCUAUGAACUAUUACCAAUUUGAAGAUCGGAAGCCAAUUUGUGAAAACGGGUUUCAGAGGAUGCCCAAAGGAACUAGAACUGCAUCGAUGUCCAUGAUUGAUGAGUAUUUUCGCAAAGAGACUAUGGAUUCUGAUGAGGGAGAGACUUUGAUUAUGAAUGGUAAUAGCAAGUUUAUCGAAAUCGAGACGGAAAUGCCAGAAGAGAAGAAGACUAGAGUUCUAGCCAUGGUUGGAACUGAGGAUGAUAUUUUGGAUACCAUCAAACAUCUGCGCAACACUCCGGUUGUGGACAACCUCGUUUCAGCUGACUGCAAUUUUGGCACUGUCUGCUCAAAUACAGAUGAUGGUGGAAAAUUAUACGAAAGUAACUACCAGGGUCCGAAGAUAUCAAGUUAUCAAAACUUAGCCAACUACAAUACAGCGCCUCGUGGUUGGGACCAAUCCCUCUCCUUCUAUCGACCAAUUAAAUUUGAAAAACCUCCAGAAAAACUCGUAUAUUCUGAUUUUUAGUUAUACGACUUUCUAUAGUAUGGCCUCGGUAUGUUUCCCCAUCUCAUAAUCUAAGUGUCUGCUACGCUAAAAAAGUUCCUCGCCUGCCAGAGUGUCUUUUAUAAAAUCUGACAACCCCAUUAUAUUAU